AUGGCAGAUAAUACGGUCAGACCUGGUUACUACAUUGAGGUGGAGGGCUUCAUUCCGGUGGACAGUAAAGCUUUUACCAUAAACUUGGGAACGGAUGACAGUAAUUAUGUGCUACACUUUAACCCUCGAUUUGACACCAAUGGAGACAUCCGCAAGAUAGUCUUGAACACGAAGGUGAACGAUGUCUGGGGAGAUGGGAAGACCGAAAGCUUCUUCCCCUUCCAGGAGGGGUCAAACACCAAGGUUUCCUUCACGUUUGAGAAAGACAAGAUCAUCAUAAAAUUACCUACUGGAAAUCCUCUCUCCUUUCCGAUCCGCUUUCCCAUAACGGGGAUCCCAUACUUUGCCGUGAAAAACCUCCAUCUCAAGUCCGUCAUAGUAAAAUGAAGAAUCCCGCAACAGAGGAGCCGCCUGUCCUACGUGUCCAUAUCCAGGCUCUGAGAAAUGGCCAUAGAGGACAAAGAGGAGAAGAUUUUAAAUCCUCCUUUGUACCCCCCCCCCCCGCCCCCGCCUCCAAUCUGCAUCCUUGCUGCUCAUGUAACCAUACAUUGUGCUUUGCUCAGUUCAUUUACUAGAAAUUAAUUUCAUCCACAUUUCAAAUAAAAUCCAAUGAGUUCUAUUGUGUCUGAUCAAACCAAUCAAUUUAUUAUUUAGUAAUAAUGACUUUGUAUU